AUGGCAUCAGCUCACAACAGUCGGGGAGCGAGUGUGAAUCAGAGAAAAAACUUCGGCAUUCCGUCGAUAAAAAGUGACAAGUGCGGGCCGGGAACUGACAAGUGGAAGUUUUUUAUUUUCUACAUUUAUUUACACGCGUACGUACGUGUGUAAGUUUUUUAAUUAUUAUCGUUAUUACGAUUCUUUUUAACACCGUUCUUCGCCGCAUCGCCUCAUAAACUCGCGUAACGAAAGAAAUGUCUGAUAAUGCGGUGAGGGAAAGAUUGGUGGAAAAAAUUUAUAAAUUUAACACGGAAGAUGUUGUCGCUGUGUUGUUAAAGAACCAGUUGGACCACUGCUGUGAGGAUAUAGUGAGCGCAAGGAUCGAUGGGGAAAAGUUAUUGCACUUGACGGGUAAAAGUAACUCAUGGACGAACAGAUUGGAACCAUCCGUGCACAGGGAUUUGUGCGAAUUCGUUGAGAAUCUGUUGAGGAAUCCAUCGGAUUAUCUGACCGAUCAGCGACUUUCGGACGAAGAAUUUUCACCGGCGUACGAGGAGGAUUACUCGAGCGAAAAUGAAUUCUGGGGUUCGGAUUUUGAGGACGAAGGUCCGCACUCACUGAUAUCAACGGUCGACGAGUCGGAUUCAUCUAACGAAAAAGAGCCGGAGUCCGAGUUGAAAAUAUACUCAAACGACGAGUCGUGGACCGAGUCUAAAACCAUAAGUGAGGGUGUUUCCCCUGAAUCUAUAGAGGAAAUCGAGCCCGAGGAAAACAUGUACACGAACAAGUCAGACGUGGUGAAUUUUGAGGUUAAAAAAACCGGUCUGAACAUAGUCGAACAGAUGAAAAUCUCACUGGCGCAACAAAAUUUCAAUCAGAAGCCAAAGAUCGGUCCAAAACCGAAGUUCCAAAUUCCUAAUCGUCGGAACGCGGAGUUUGGGUCGUUUAAACCAAAGGUACCGGAGCCGUCCGUUGCGAGAUUUGAUUCGUGUUCUAAAUUCCCGGGAAAUGAACGUCCCGCGGUUGUUUCUCAACAGCAUAAAAAGUUGCCCGUUCCUACCGGCGUCAACGAUUUUGCAAAAAAAACAACGCCGAAACAAUCGCCGCUCGGUUCGGAGGCCCUUCCGAGCGCGAAAGGAGCGCGGGAGAUGUUGUCACGUGACCGUGCGUGCGCGCAUGCGCGUAAACCGAUGCAGAAACCGCCGGUUCCCCCACCGCCCGAUAAAACCGUCGCAAAAUCGGCGAUCCUCUUGCCUAAGCCACCGGAAAACCCAAGAAUCUGCCCAUCGCCGCUUCUUUCAUCGAAAUCUGCCGAUGACAGCGACGACGGAAUCUACGAACCGAUCGACGAACGGCUUCUCCGUGGAAAUUUUGGACAGCUCAAAAAUGGCAGCACGCAAUCGCUGGUAAACGAAAGCAUCGGCGAAGAUUCCCUUGAAAGCAUUUACCAUGAAGCGAGGAUCGGCAGCGAUAAUGAUGAGAAUUACGAAACACCGGAUAAACACGUACCGGAAGGACCGCCGGUCCAUUUGCUGCCUAAGAAACCGAUCCAGCAAAUCAACAAUUUACGAUAUGCAAAAAAUCGGCUUAUUGAUCCAAAUGACGAAGACGACGACGAUGGAUAUGAGCAACCGAUUUCAACGAUACCACCAUCCCUUCCUCGUCGCGUACCACCAACACAAUUGGAGACCAACAGUUUAAAACAACGAUUACCGCCAGGAAAUUCGUCGACUUAUCCACGGCUGAACAGCCAUCAUUCGUCAAAUUCCGAAUUAUCGAACAGGCCUUUGCCCUCUCCGCCGAACCGGAACAGGCUUGAUAGAUCGGCAGAAGUACCCGGAAGUAGCAGCACUCAACCGUUCACGGAAAGGCCGUGGUUCCACAACGUCAGAAGAGAACAAGCCGAAGCCCUUGUCAGAGGAGGACCGCGGAUCGGGACAAUUUCACGAGCAUUCGCAGCUGCGGGGGAAUUCUCCGCUGCUACAAAUUCAACGCUCGAAGGAUGCUUUCUCGUAAGGCCAUCCAGCACGAAUGCCGAGCAACCUUUCACUCUUGUGCUCUGGGCGAUAGGCAGACCCUACAAUAUUGCGAUACGAAAAAGAUUCGACGGGCAAUACGCACUCGGAGAACGGAAGGAUGGAGAAGUUGUUUUCGAAACGAUCGACGCCCUCGUUAAUUACUAUCAGAAGAACGAUCUUGUGCUGAAAAGUAAAGGCAUUCAAACCGGAACGACUCGGUUAACGCAAACGCCGCAGAAGAAGAACGAUUGGACGGUUUGAUUGGCCGAUCGACGAUCACGGUGACGUUUACGUGUAAGAAAAAAAAAAAAAAAAAAUCAAAGCUCCGACGCUUUAAAUUCUAUAAAUCCUAAAGAGUGAUAGCUUUAAGUAUACGAUUUGAUUCUGAGCUUAUAUUAUUUAUAUUCGAUAUCGAGAGGCGGCAGAUACGAAUGAAAAAAAAUUUUGUGCACUGACGUAAACAAAAUUUAAUUUGUCAAAAAUUAAGAAGAUAAAAUGUGAUCGAUACUUUUAUACGCCACUAGUUUUAGACCAGUCAAAAUUUGUCUGAAUUAAAAAUUAUUUUCAUCGAGUCAUUUUUGAGCCGCAUAAGCCGGCGUUUCGAGAAUACGAGAAAAUUUGACGUUUUUUGGGUUUUUUCUCAAAAACCGCUAUCGAUGGAUGAAAAAUGAUUUGACUAUCGUGCACAGCGGAAAAUUCUACGUCGAAUUUCGUCCUCGCAUGUCGGAAAUGGAGUCGGAUUAAUGAAUUACGAAGAAAUUAUUUUUAAAAAAUUCCCCAUACUCCGUCGAUAAGCAGAAUUUCUAGUUUACGUGAAAUUUGAUAGUCACUUUUCGUCGAUAUGGCCAUUAGCCCAUUUUCGUUUCCAAUUUCGGAAAAUCGAAUAUUUAAGAGCACGUGCUAAAAGAUAUUGAAAGUAUCAUUUCAUAAGGUGUAAAUUUUUCAAAGUAACGCUUGUAUCGAAAAUUUUACAAUGUAUGGGGCAUUCCAUGCCAGCCCGGUUAACGUUCAACUGUUUUUUAUUUCAGUCAUCAGUCCGUCAUUAUCUCAAUUUUCAAAUGAACUCAGAUUAUUUUUAGACCUUCUUCUCGGACAGUAAUAAUCUAAUGAAAAUUUUGUUUACCAGCUUAAAAAAACGCUGAAUUUCCAAUAGUCCAAAAAUUCGAAUUACCGAAGACAUUAUUUUUAUGGUAUGAUCCUGCAUUGAUUAAUUGGUAAAUGUAAAUAACUUAUUAUACCUGGUGCAGAAAACACCGUAUCAAUUAUUAAUAUUUUUGAUAAGCCAAAACUAUUCGAAAUUGAAUAAGUUAAUCGGGAAAAAUAAAUGAAUAAAAUCAAUGCCAAUUUUAGUAGUGACUUUAAAUUUUAUUGUUAAAACUUAUUUCGUCUCAUCUGAAAGAAUAGGAUCAAUGUUUCAUAUUGUUGGCUUAUUUCAGAGUUGAGACAAUGGUGCGAAGAAAGAAAGUAAGAG